AUGUUGGGUUAUAGCCGUGUAAGGGAUAUGUUGGAUCGUGCACAGGUGACACGAGCCAUUCAAGCAGCUGGAGAAUGGGGAGAAUUCGGCAUCACUUUGGAAGAUGUAAUCGCUUUAUUGCAUCUCCCGAUUAUUGGUAAUUUCCCUGAAGAGCUUUCAGCCGAGGAAACUGCAAUAUCUGACGUUUUGAAAGCUACGAUGGAUGAGUUCAACAAGUCACCCAAAUUUUGCUAUGCUCGAUGGUUGAAGCAUUGGUGGCCAAGAGAAAAAAUUCCUGAAGAACCUGUCGAUGAGAUGUUCUUGAGGAUAGUGGACAUUUUUUUGAAGCCAUUUGCGAUUCCUUUUGCUAUUAAAAUGGCUAAAGGUGAGAAACUUCCCAUCGGUAAUCUGUUCUUGGGUUCGUUGAUUUCCAAUUUGGACUCCUUAGUCAUAGACUCCAGCAUUUCCAACUUCUUCAUGAAAGUUGAAACAUAUGCUAAUACGAUGUUUCUCCAAGCUUUGGUGUGGGAGCACUUUGAGAAUUAUGCUCUGAUUCCUCGUAGUGUCUUGCAAGGACCAAAUGUCGACACUCGUCAUGCUUUCCUUGAGAAAGAUAAUGCUAGGAUUAUGCGUUGGUCCACGAAGCAGCCACAACACAAGAUACGCCUCACCAGUGUUUUAGAUAUUGAGUCUGAGUUUAAUUUCCGCCCCUGGGUGUCGGUUCCUCUUCUCUUCUCACAAUUUAUCACUUGCAAUGUUGUUGAAGACAAUGUCACGUUAAAAUCUGGUGUCAGUCUGAGUGAUGGAGAGAAAUCUUUUAUACUGAGUUGCACUCCUGGUUAUAUAGUGUCAGUAAUGCACGGGAAGUUCCAGGUGGAAGAAUACAACAUCGACAGAGCAGCUCGACAAAUGGGUCUCGAUCAGUGUUCUCCAGGUCAUCGAAUGAAUAAGACAUCAGUUGAGUAUCUGAAGGCUCAUUUAGAUUGCACACAUGUGAAAAGAAAUGAUUACUUGUUUCCCUGUUCCGACCGAGCUACUUAUGUAACUCUAGGUUAUAUAGACUUCUGGUGCCAACAAUUUGAGCAUUUACAUAAGUUUGCGAUGGAUGUUAAGUCUCUGGUACGAGAGUUUCCUUCUGCUGGCAUGAUUUUUGAUCGACCAAGAUUCAAGAGACUUUCUAGUGGUGAUAAAAUAAAAACGCCUCCAGAAUGCUCACAGGUGUAG